AUGACUACAAUUGAGAGAAUACAUGCUAGAUAUGUUUAUGACAGUCGUGGUAAUCCAACCGUGGAAGUGGACCUGACUACAAAUCUUGGAACCUUCCGUUCAAUUGUUCCAUCAGGUGCAUCUACAGGCUCAAAUGAAGCAGUUGAGUUAAAAGAUGGUGAUAAGUCAAAGUGGGAAGGUAAAGGUGUUUUACAAGCUGUUGAAAACGUUAAUGAAAUUUUGGGACCUGAAUUAAUCAAGAGUGAAAUCUCUGUUACAAAGCAAAAACAAGUUGAUGAUUUUUUAAAAAAACUUGACGGAACUGCUAAUAAGAUCAAGCUGGGUGCUAAUGCAAUUUUGGGUGUUUCUAUGGCUGUUUGUAAAGCAGGUGCUGCUGAGUUGAAAUUGCCAUUAUAUGAACAUAUUGCACAAUUGGCAGGCGAUGAAGCAGCUAUCAAGAACAAAAAGUAUGUUUUACCAGUUCCAUUCUUAAAUGUUUUGAAUGGAGGUGUUCAUGCUGGUGGUAAGCUAGCUUUUCAAGAGUUUAUGAUAGCACCUAUAGGUGCUUCAAGUUUUAGAGAAGGGUUAAGAUAUGCAACUGAGGUUUAUCAUACUUUGAAGAAACUAGCACAGUCAAAAUAUGGCCAAGGUGCAGGAAAUGUGGGGGAUGAAGGUGGUGUUGCACCAGAUGUCGAUACUGCAGAAGAAGCUUUAGAUUUGAUUUAUGAAGCUAUCAAAAAAUGUGGUUAUGAAGGGAAAGUUUGCAUUGGUAUGGAUGCUGCAUCUUCAGAGUUCCAUAAGGUUGCUAAACAAUAUGACUUGGAUUUCAAGAGUCCAGAACAUAAUAAAAUCCUCAGUGGUGAACAAUUAGGUGAGUUAUACGUUGAACUACUUCAGAAGUAUCCUAUAGUGUUGUUGGAAGAUCCAUUUGCAGAAGAUGAUUGGGACAGUUGGAAGCAUUUCUAUAAUGUUACAUACAAGAAAUUGGAUCAAAAUGUUGAGAUUGUUACAGAUGAUUUAACUGUUACAAAUACCAAACUAUUGCAGAAUGCGAUUCAAGAGCGUGUUGGUAACUCAUUGUUGUUGAAGGUGAAUCAAAUUGGUACUGUUUCUGAAUCAAUUGAUGCAGCUAACAUGGCAUUUAAGAACGAUUGGUCAGUUUUUGUGUCACAUCGAUCUGGUGAAACUGAGGAUACGUUCAUUGCAGACUUGACUGUUGGAUUGAAGGCAGGCCACUUGAAAUCUGGGGCACCAGCAAGAUCUGAAAGAUUAGCCAAAUACAACCAACUGCUUAGAAUUGAAGAACAAAUAGGGGAUGAUGGUGUCUAUGCUGGCCGUGAUUUUGGAAGAGCAAAGAAGCUGUAACUUUUCAUAAUUUAAAUACCCUUGUAAAAUUUUAUUUUCCG